AUGACAACACCAUUCAUACGAGAUAGCUGUUUUGGUAGAUUAAUUUACUAUUUUUCAAAUCAUAAAUACUUCCAUCAUAAAGAAGAAUCAUCAGACUACAUAAUACCUGAAAAGUAUUAUGCCAAUGAAUAUAAAGCUGAGAAAGAUAAUAUAGAAAAUAACAUAAUUCAAUCCGAUUCAAAAGGAACUUUUCAAUUAAAACCAGAUGGAUCUUCAGGCUCAAAAUCCGAUUAUGAAAAUCAAAUGAAAGAAGAUGAGAUAUUAGUAACUUGGGAUGAUGAAAAUGAUCCUGAUAAUCCACAAAAUUGGUCAAGAGCUUAUAAAAUAAUUUAUGUUUCACAAAUUUCAUUAUUGACUGGAAUUGUUUAUGUUGCAUUAACUAUUUAUACGCCAGGAAUAGGUGAUUUACAAAAAGAAUAUAAAAAUACUAAUCAAAUUGUUGCAUUAUUACCUGUUACAAUAUAUGCUUGUGGUUCAGCUGUUGGUCCACUAUUUUUUGCACCUCUAAGUGAAAAUGCAGCAGUUGGACGUGUUUACGUUUAUCUAAUUACAUGGUUCAUAUUUGUAAUUUUACAAAUUCCAACUGCAUUAGUUGAAAAUUUUGCUGGUUUAUGUAUAUUAAGAUUUUUAGGUGGUUUUUUUGCUAGUCCAUGUUUGGCAAAUGGAGGAGCUACAAUUUUAGAAGUGAUAAGACUACAUGAUUUACCACUUGGGUUAUCUGUUUGGUCUUUAGGUGCAAUUCCAGGAUUAGGACCUUUAAUUGGCUCUGGUCUAAUAGUUGGUAUGAAUUAUAGAUUUACAUUUUGGUUUCUAUGUUUCUUUUCAGGAUUUUUAUUUAUAAUCAUGUUUUUUACAUUACCUGAAACUUAUGAAAGAACUUUAUUACUUCGCAGAGCUAUUAGGUUAAGGGCUAUAACUGGUAAUCAAAGAAUUGUAAGUAAAGGUGAAAUUGAAAAUAAAGUAAUGACUAUAUCUGAAAAGGCUAAAGAGUUUUUAAUAGCCAAACCAUUGGAGAUUGUAAUUUGUGAACCUACAUUAUUAUUAAUUAACGUAUGUACUUUUUUAGCAAAUUCUGUUCAAUGUUUAUUUUUUGGAUCAAUAACAAUUUAUUUUCAAUUAAAUAGAGGUUUUACUACGGCUGAAUUAGGUGGUUGCUGGAUCAGUGCAAUCGUUGGUGUGGUAUUUGCAAAUUGUAUUUAUAGUCCUUAUAUGACAAAACAUUUUACAAAGCCUGUUAGUCAACAUCAAUUAGUAUUUGCCGAUACUUUAAUUCCAGUUGCAAUUGUAGGUAGCUGUAUGAUUCCACUUGGUUUGAUUAUAUUUGGAUGGACAGCUUGCAAACAGUUACAUUGGUUCCCACCAUUAAUUGGUAUCGCGGUAUACGCUGGCGGAUUAUUUUUAGUAUUACAAACAUUGUAUGAUUAUUUGGGUGCUUCAUUUAAAGUUGAUUAUAUGGCAUCAGUUUUUGCAUCCAAUAAUUUAUUUAGAAGUGCAGCAGCUGGAGGUAUGCCCUUGUUAGGUAAUAUGUUAUUUAAUAAUUUAUCAACUGAGAAUUUCCCAGUUGCCUGGGGUGCCUCAGUUUUAGCAUUCAUAAGUAUUGGAUUAAUUUCAAUUCCAGUAUUUCUUUGGCAUCAUAGUUCAAAGUUAAGAACAAAAUCAAAAUAUGCAAAUUGCUAA